AUGAUCUCCUUCAAGCAACUGCCUCUCGAAGCCAAGGCUGCAGUGGCUGCAGGAGUGGUUUUCUUCUCCAUGAUGCUAUCACGGAGUUACCUGGUAGAACAGCUCGAGCUCAGGACGCGGCGUUGGCUUCUGAGGCUGCAGAUGGCACUAUUUUUUAACGCGCUCAUGUUGAUAGGAUCUCUUCAUGUUUGGAGAAGCACGGUCACCGCGUUCUCCAGGUCUUCAGCUGCUGGCUCUGUCUGUUUCAUGCCAUGGAAAAUAGCUGUGUUCCUGUUUCUAGCUUUGGCUCACUCAAGCUUCUUUACAAUGCUAUUUCUUGUUGCAGAAGAGCCCUAUUUCUUUUCUUUAGCUGCCUACACCUGCCUGGGGUCCUAUAUCAUUCUUAUCUUCUUCCUCUUCGCUCUAGGCUCUGUAGAGCAGGCUUACAGGUUCUUAUCUGGGAGAGGCUCUAAGGCAGGUAAUGGCAUCAAGAACAGCCGAACAGCAAUGAAACCAGUUUUGGCGGUCAUGCUGACUGUUGUGCUGACUGUUGUUGGGCUUUUAAAUGCUUCCCAGCCUCCCAUGGUCAAUUCAGUGGAGGUUCCAGUUCACAAGCUGCCCUCAACAAUGAAUAAUCUGAAGGUGGUGUUGCUUUCAGAUAUCCAUCUGGGGCCUACAGUUGGGAAGACCAAGCUUGCCAUGAUUGUGAGAAUGGUCAAGGCUUUGAAGCCAGAUAUCACUGUGAUUGUUGGGGACUUGACUGACUCGGAGGCAGAGAUCCUACGACCUGCUGUUGAGCCUCUUGGAGAACUCAACUCCCCUCUGGGGACUUACUUUGUCACAGGAAACCAUGAGUACUACACAUCAGAUGUUAGCAACUGGUUUGAGCUGUUAAAAUCAUUCAAUAUUCAGCCGCUCCAUAAUGAGAAUGUGAAGAUUGUUUCCGAAGAGCGGCGUUUUUUGGCUGGUGUUGAUGAUAUUGAAGCAGAUGUAUUGCGCUACUCAGGGCACGGCAUGGAUUUAAAAAAAGCUCUCAGAGGUUGUAGCAGUGAGCAUGCCAUAGUGCUGUUAGCUCAUCAGCCGGUAGCUGCGAAGUGGGCCCUUCGGGAGAGACCAGACAUAAAUUUAAUUCUCUCUGGCCAUACUCAUGGAGGGCAGAUGUUCCCACUAAAUGCUGGGGCUUAUUUGCUAAAUCCCUUCUUUGUUGGCUUGUACAAAGUUGGGCAGAACACCUUUGUCUACGUCAGCCCGGGGACAAUGUACGCUGGAAUACCCAUGAGGCUGGGCAGCAGAGCUGAAAUAACAGAGAUAAUUCUACGUUCUUCUUGA